GAUAGGCCGGGGCGGAGCCGCGGGAAGACACGGGGACCCGCGGAGCCUCGAGCCGGAGCUGCCCGGCCCGGCCCACCCCGCCCUGCCGGUGAGGGCUACGAGACGGCAGAGCCGGUGAGGGCUACGAGACGGCAGAGCAGCCACCAUGUUCAACCAGCAGCAGCAGUUCCAGCAGCUCCAGCAGCAGCAGCUUCAACAGCAGCAGUUGCUGCAGCUUCAGCAGCUGCUCCAGCAGUCCCCACCGCAGGCCCCACUGCCCAUGACCGUCAGCAGGGGGCUCCCCCAGCAGCAGCCACAGCAGCAGCUCCUGACUCUCCAGGGGACCAGCCCCACCUCCCUCCUCAACGGUUCUGUGCUGCAGAGAGCUUUGCUUCUGCAGCAGUUACAAGGACUGGACCAGUUUGCAAUGCCACCAGCCACGUAUGACAGUGCCAGUUUCACCAUGCCCACGGCAACACUGGGUAACCUCCGUGGCUACAACCUGGCCACCCCCAACCUGGCACCCCCCAGCCUCACACCCCCACAGCUGGCCACCCCAAAUCUCCAGCAAUUCUUUCCUCAGGCCACUCGGCAGUCCCUGCUGGGUCCUCCUCCCGUCGGGGUCCCCAUCAACCCCUCCCAGCUCAACCUUUCAGGGCGAACCCCCCAGAAACAGGCCCGGACCUCCUCCUCUACGACCCCCAAUCGCAAGGAUUCUUCUUCUCAGACAACGCCUGUGGAGGACAAGUCAGACCCCCCAGAGGGGUCUGAAGAAGCCGCAGAGCCCCGAACAGAAACACCCGAAGACCAAGAACCUCCCCAGUGCCCAGAUGACAUCGCUAAGGAGAAAUGCACUCCAGCACUUGAGCCUGAGUCUUGUGAAGCCUCUGAGCCGCCAGCUAAAAAGUCAAAGAGCUCAGAGGAGCCCACAGAGAAGGGGCCCCCAGGGCAACUGCAGGCAGAGGUCCAGCUGCAGACCCGGAUGAUGGCACCCAAGCAGACACAGACACCCGAGCUGCUGCCUGAGCCCCUGGAAGCCCACGUGCAGCCACGAUUUCAGCCCCGGGUCCUGCAGAUCACAGCCCAGGUGCAGCCACAGAGCCAGCCACAGACGCUGCCCGUAAAUGCCCAGGUGCAGCCAAAGCUACAGAAGCAGGCACAGACGCAGACCUCUCCAGAGCACUUAGCACCGCAGCAGGUGCAGCGGCAGCCGCAGGAGGAGGCAGCGCCACGGAGACAGGCGCAGCCGCAGCCCCCCAGGCACGUGCAGCUACUGCUGCAGAAGCAGGCACAGACGCAGACGUGCCCACAGGUCCAGGCGGAAGCACAGCUGAGGCUCCAGCCGCCGGAGCAGCCACCCAAGCAACCUCUGGUUCAAUCACCGGUGCAGCCACUGGAACCGGCCCAGGGACGGCCUCAGACUCAGCCACAGGCGUCGGUGCCAGCGUCGGAGAAAGCCCCAGUUCUGGUUCGCUCUGCAGCACUGGAAACAUUGCCUGAUACAGUAGAAGCUAGAGCAGGCCCAGAGGAGGCCCCACCAGAGCCAGGGGGUGCCCUGGAGGAGAGCCAGGAGGAGCUGACCGGUGGCCUGGAUGUGGCAGAAUGUGAAAAAAGAGCGAGGGAGAUGCUGGGGGUGUGGGGGGCCGGGGGAUCCCUGAAGGUCACCAUCCUGCAGAGCAGCGACAGCCGGGCCUUUAGCACCGUACCCCUCACACCCGGUCCCCGGGCCAGUGACUCUACCUCUGCCACCCCUGCGGCGGCCAGCACACCCUCUAAGCAGGCCCUUCAGUUCUUCUGCUACAUCUGCAAGGCCGGCUGCAGUAGCCAGCAGGAGUUCCAGGAACACAUGUCGGGAGCCCAGCACGAGCAGCGGCUCGGCGAGAUCCAGCACAUGAGCCAAGCCUACCUGCUGUCCCUGCUGCCUGUGCCCCGGGACGUCCUGGAGAGAGAGGACGACAUCCGGAAGAGCGGCUGUCUUUCCAACAAGAAUGCGGUGUCACACAUACUUGUUUUGCUUGUCAUCAGAGAGCCUCCACCCAGGCGCUGGUGCAACACCUGCCAGCUCUACUACAUGGGGGACCUGAUCCAGCACCGCAGGACACAGGACCACAAGUUCGCCAAACAAUCCCUGCGACCUUUCUGCACCAUUUGCAACCGCUACUUCAAGACCCCCCGCAAAUUUGUGGAGCACGUGAAGUCCCAGGGCCACAAGGACAAAGCCAAUGAGCUGAAGACACUGGAGAAGGAUAUAGCCGGCCAAGACGAGGACCACUUCAUCACGGUGGACGCUGUGGGCUGCUUUGAGGGCGAUGAAGAAGAGGAGGAGGAUGACGAGGAGGAAGAAGAGAUUGAGGCUGAGGAGGAAUUCUGCAAGCAGAUUCUCACCCAUUUGGAUGCGAGGAAGCGAGACUCCACAGCCUGUGCUUGGAAUACAUCAGCUCUGCUGUCUCCCAUGAGUGAGGAGCUGGAGGAGCUUUUCAGUUUGACAGAUGAGAUCCAGAGACAUAUCCAUAGAGGAGUGGAAAGGCUCGGAGACCUACAGCCCCAACACUGCAUAUGGGGUGGACUUUCUGGUGCCCGUGAUGGGCUAUGUCUGCCGCAUCUGCCACAAGUUCUACCACAGCAACUCGGGGGCGCAGCUCUCCCACUGCAAGUCCUUGGCCCACUUCGAGAACUUGCAGAAAUACAAGAAGGCCAAGAAACCCAGCCCCACCGCCAGGCCCUUGAGCCGCCGGUGUGCCAUCAACGCCCGGAACGCCCUGACCGCUCUGUUCACCGCUGGCGGCCGUGCACCCAGCCAGCCCAGCACCCAGGACACAGCCAAAACCCCCAGCAAGGUGACGCCCACACCCCCUCGGCCCCCACUGCCUCGGCGCUCCAGACGCCUCAGAACCUGAUGGAGGAAGCACCCCAUGCCCGCCCCAUCUCAGUCCCAAUCGGCUAUGCUUUUUAGGAGUCUGUGUGGAAACUUUGAUAUGGUCGGUAUUUUUACUGAAAAUCCAAUAAAGGAAGGUAGUUUGGCCUGUA